AUGAGUAACCUUGGAGGACUCCAGGACGAUGUCCUGGCCAAGGCCCACGUCCCCGCGGCCACCGUCCAGGGCACCGAGAGGGAGAUCCAGGCCGGCCGCGGCUCUUUCGACGUGACCGCCGCCGCCGCCCCCGUGACCGAGUACGCCUACGACUCCAAGUCCGACGACGAGUACCCGGACAAGCCCACCGAGGAGGAGCUUCACACCCUCCGCCGUGUCUCCGGACCUAUCAAGUGGAGCAUGUACACCAUCGCCUUCGCCGAGCUUUGCGAGCGUUUCUCCUACUACGGAUCUUCCGUUCUGUACACCAACUUCGUCAUGCGCCCCAUGCCCGCCGGCUCCAGGACCGGUGCCACAUACAGCGACGAUGACCGCGUUCCCGGUGCUCUGAACAUGGGUCAGAGAGCCUCCCAGGGUGUCUCUCUGGUCAACAUGUUCUGGGCCUACAUCACCCCUCUGUUCGGCGCCUGGUUGGCCGAUGCCAAGUUUGGUCGCUACGUGGUCAUCCACAUCGCCAUCGUCGUCUCUACCCUCGCCCACGUUAUUCUGACCGUUGCCGCCGCUCCCUCCGUGCUCGACAAGGGCAAGACCGCCUUCGCCCCAUUCUUCAUCGGCCUCUUCACCCUCUGCACCGGAACUGGUCUCUUCAAGGCCAACAUUUCCCCUCUUCUCGCUGAGCAGAACCCUGACAGCCGCAUGCGCGUCGUUGUCCAGAACGGCGAGCGUGUGAUUGUUGACCCCGCCGUCACCAACACCCGUGUCUUCCUGUGGUUCUACUUCUGCAUCAACGUCGGUGCCGUCUCCGGACAGGUCUCCAUGGUCUUCGUCGAGAAGUACCACAGCUUCUGGCUGGCGUUCUUGCUGCCCACCAUCCUCUUCCUCAUCUGCCCUGUUGUUCUCUGGUCCAACAAGAAGAAGUACCACCUUACUCCCCCCACCGGCUCUGUUCUCGAGAAGUUCCUGAAGAUGACCAACUUCGCCCGCAAGCGCUCCGGCGGUUUCGGCAAGAUGAACUGGGACAUGGCCAAGCCUAGCAACAUCCCCGUCGCUGAGCGCCCCAGCUGGUUGACUUACGACGAUGCCUGGGUUGACGAGUGCAGACGUGGUCUCAAGGCCUGCAAGGUCUUCCUCUUCCUGCCCGUCUUCUUCCUCGCCUACAACCAGAUGACCAACAACCUGACCUCCCAGGCCGGCUCCAUGGUUCUCGGCGGCGCCCCCAACGACGUCAUCCAGAACCUGAACCCCCUCUCCAUCAUCAUCAUGAUUCCCAUCCUCGACCAUGGAGUCUACCCCUUGUUCCGCAAGAUGGGCUUCAACUUCACCCCCAUCAAGCGCAUGACCACCGGUUUCUUCUUCGCCGCCGCCUCCAUGGUCGCCGCCGCCGUCAUGCAGCACUACAUCUACCAGAUGUCCCCCUGCGGCAACCUCGCUACCGUCUGCGAGGAGGGUCCCGCCCAGAUCAACGUCUGGGCCCAGUGCCUGCCCUACAUCUUCAUCGGUCUCGCCGAGAUCUUCACCAACGUCACCUCGUACGAGUACGCCUUUUCCAAGGCCCCCGAAAACAUGAAGUCUCUCGUCAUGUCCGUCAACCUGGCCAUGAGCGCCGUCUCCGCCGCCAUCGGCCAGGCCUGGACCCCUCUGUCCGAGGACCCUCUCCUGGUCUGGAACUACACCUCCGUCGCCAUUAUCGCCUUCCUCGGUGGUGUCGCCUUCUGGUUCUGCUUCAAGCACCUCGACAGCGAGGAGGACCACCUCAACCAGCUCAAGAAGACCAAGUUCCUUGGUCAGAACCAGCCCACCGCUGCUGCCCAGGAAGACGCCCACGCUCAGACUGUCGUCAGCGACAAGGUCUAA